AUGCGUGUCCACUCAGUAAGGGGCCUCUCAUCAACCCUUCCCUCCGCCCACGCAACCUUCAACCGAGAAUACCCUCGACGGCAUCCCACAAUGAUCACAAUCUCUUCUCGUUUGACCUACUCGCUCGAGAGAUUGCGGGAAAAUACUCGGCAUUCUGCUCGAUAUUCUGACACUGAUCUGACAGCUUUCCAUGCCAACACGGCCAUCCAAGAGCAACACUUUCGUCAUCCAGAGCGACAUGCCAGCAGUAGAACACUGCGCGAUUCCUAUGCGACUUCCCACGCGACCCCACAGAUACGGCCACUUGGUACCUUGCAGCGGAAAUGGAGUGAUGAUUGA